AUGACCUUUGUCACCACGUACACGGGAGACAAGAAUGCAAUUACAGGGGUACUUCAGAAACACUGGAAUAUCCUGAAGUCUGAUAAAGCUCUCCCUUUUACUCAAAUGUCUACUCCACGAUUGGGGUUCCGCAGAUCGAGAUCCCUGCGUGACUUUCUGAUCAAAACAGAUCCAAUGGAUUGCUACCGUCAGUCAACUUGGUUGGAGACAAAUAAAAAAACAGGAGUCUUCCGCUGUCUGGGAUGCCUAAACAAUUACAUGAAGAAGGUGCACUUUAAAAUCACCGGUGAAGAGGAAAUGCACUUUGAUGAUAAAGGAAACCCUCCAGGGAAAUUUGAUAUCCUGAAUAUUUACAUGUUGCCAAACAAAACCAUGAAAACAGUUCCUGUUGGCUUUUUUUACCAUGAUGAUACAGACCAUCUUUACAUAGAUGACAAGGCCAUUAUAUGGUCCCCAUACUUCUCUCAGUGCAAACCAGAACUUAAAGUGACAGUGUCUUAUUUAGAGCAACAUGGCUCAUAUUUGCUUCAUGCUCCUCGUUCCGUGUGUACUGAAAGCUGUUUUCCUGGAUUCAGGAAAGUUAUUCUGAAAGAGCAGAAAAAGUGCUGCUACGGCUGUGUCCCAUGUCCAGAGGGAGAAAUCACAGUCACAUUUGAUAUGGAAAACUGCAUGAGAUGCUCACAGGAUCAGUGGUCUAAUCCCAGAAGAGAUGAGUGUGUCCCACGGCAGAUAGAGUUCCUCUCAUAUCAUGACCCGUUGGGUUUAGUUCUUGUGGUGCUAGCUGCUUCUCUGUCAGCUGUUACUGUUUUCGUGAUUGGGAUAUUUAUUAAACACAAGGAUAGUCCAAUUAUAAAAGCCAAUAACCAGAACCUCAGCUUCAUACUCCUCAUUACCCUCAUUCUGUCCUUCUAUUGCCCCUUCUUAUUCAUUGGAAAACCUACAAAAAUGUCCUGUCUGCUUCGGCAAGUCGCUUUUGGAAAUGUUUUCACUGCUGCCAUUUCCUCUGUGUUGGCAAAAACAGUUAUUGUUGUUUUGGCUUUUAAUGCUACAAAACCAGGCAGAAAUAUGAAGAAUUUCCUGGGUAAAAAUGUGUCUAUAUAUCUGGUACUUAUGUGCUCAUGUGGGGAAGUUCUGAUAUCUGCUGUAUGGCUGAUUUAUUCACCACCAUUCCAGGAAUAUAAUACUGAAGUAGAGGUUUCCAAGAUAAUAUUACAGUGCAAUGAAGGAUCUGUGGUUGCUUUCUACUUUGGAAUCGGCUAUAUAGGAUUGUUGGCUUUUCUAAGCUUUGUUGUUGCCUUUUUAGCCAGAAAACUGCCGGACACUUACAAUGAAGCUCAGAAUAUCACUUUCAGUAUGCUGGUGUUCUGCAGUGUUUGGGUAACCUUCAUCCCAGCCUACCUCAGCACCAAAGGCAAAUAUAUGGUGGCUGUAGAGGUAUUCGCUAUCCUGGCAUCUGGUGCUGGACUUCUCUUCUGUAUCUUUAUACCUAAAUGUUAUAUUAUACUAAUCAGGCCUGAACUGAAUGUUAAAGUGAGCAUAGUGUUGGGAAGACAGCGGAAUAAGUAA